AUGAGUGACUCCGUUACUAUUAGAACUCGUAAGGUUAUUUCCAACCCAUUAUUAGCCAGAAGACAAUUCGUCAUUGAUGUCUUACACCCAAACAGACCAAACGUUUCUAAGGAUGAAUUACGUGAAAAAUUAUCUGAAAUCUACAAGACUGAAAAGGAUGCUGUCUCAGUUUUCGGUUUCAGAACCCAAUUCGGUGGUGGUAAGUCUACUGGUUUCGGUUUAAUCUACCAAUCUGUUGCUGACGCCAAGAAGUUCGAACCAUCUUACAGAUUAGUUAGAUACGGUUUAGCUGAAAAGGUUGAGAAGGCUUCCAGACAACAAAGAAAACAAAAGAAGAACAGAGAUAAGAAGGUCUUCGGUACUCAACGUCGUGCUGCUAAGAGAGCUGCCAGAAGAAACGCUGAUUAG